UGGGAGCCACAGCUCUAUAAGUAAACACUCGGCGCGGCGCAGCUAUGGCUGCUUCCUAUUUGUGAGGCGGAGGCUGCGGUAGCGCCUCGGGCUGGUUCCGGUUUUUUCCCUCCUCGGCUCUGCUGGGCGGGCGCGCGGUCUGGGAGUCGCCGCCGCCUGUCCGGCCUGGCGUCCAGUCGCUCUUGCUCUCCCGUGCGCGCGAUCGCCUGCUCGUCCGCCCGCCGCGAAGCGGCUCGGGCCAGGCGGGGCGCCGCGUCCCGAGCAGAGGGGGAGACAAAGGGGGCCGCCCCCCCCGCUCCCGGGCCAAGAUGUGGAUCCAGGUUCGCACCAUCGACGGCUCCCAGACACGCACCAUCGAGGACGUUUCUCGCAAAGCCACGAUCGAGGAGCUGCGCGAGCGGGUUUGGGCGCUGUUCGACGUGCGGCCCGAGUGCCAGCGCCUCUUCUACCGGGGCAAGCAGUUGGAGAAUGGAUACACUUUAUUUGACUAUGAUGUUGGACUGAAUGAUAUUAUUCAGCUACUAGUUCGCCCAGACUCUGAUCUUCCUAGCACAUCCAAACAGACUGAUAUACAGGUCAGACCAUGUUCUAAUAGUCCACCUAAAGUCAAGAAAACUUCAAGAGUGGGAUCUUCCAGUCAACCAUCCACAUCAACUCAUGUCUGUCUUAUUGAUCCUGGCAUUGGACUAUAUAAGGUAAAUGAAUUGGUGGAUGCCAGAGAUGUCGGCCUUGGUGCUUGGUUUGAAGCACAUAUACAUAGUGUUACUAGAGCUUCUGAUGGACAUUCACGUGGCAAAACUCCACUGAAGAAUGGCAGUUCUUAUAAAAGGACUAAUGGAAAUAUAAAUCAUAAUUCCAAAGAGAACACAAAUAAAUUGGACAAUGUACCCUCUACGUCUAAUUCAGACUCUGUUGCUGCUGAUGAAGACGUUAUUUAUCAUAUCCAGUAUGAUGAAUAUCCAGAAAGUGGUACUGUAGAAAUGAAUGUAAAGGAUCUUCGACCACGAGCUAGAACCAUUUUAAAAUGGAAUGAACUAAAUGUUGGUGAUGUGGUAAUGGUUAAUUAUAAUGUAGAAAAUCCAGGAAAAAGAGGUUUUUGGUUUGAUGCGGAAAUUACAACAUUGAAGACAAUCUCAAGGACCAAAAAAGAACUUCGUGUGAAAAUUUUCUUGGGGGGUUCAGAAGGAACAUUAAAUGACUGCGUGGUAAUAUUUGUAGAUGAAAUCUUCAAGAUUGAGAAACCUGGAGCCCAUCCUCUUUCAUUUGCAGAUGGAAAGUUUUUAAGGAAAAAUGACCCUGAAUGUGACCUGUGUGGUGGAGACCCAGAUAAGAAAUGCCGUACUUGCUCCUGUCAUGUAUGUGGUGGGAAACAUGAACCCAACAUGCAGCUUCUGUGUGAUGAAUGUAAUAUGGCCUAUCAUAUUUACUGCCUGAAUCCACCUUUGGAUAAGGUCCCAGAAGAGGAAUACUGGUAUUGUCCUUCCUGUAAAACUGAUUCCAGUGAGGUUGUAAAAGCUGGUGAAAGACUCAAGAUGAGUAAAAAGAAAGCCAAGAUGCCAUCAGCUAGUACUGAAAGCCGGAGAGACUGGGGCAGGGGAAUGGCUUGUGUUGGUCGUACAAAAGAAUGUACUAUUGUCCCUUCUAAUCAUUAUGGACCUAUUCCUGGUAUUCCUGUUGGAUCAACUUGGAGAUUUAGAGUUCAGGUGAGCGAAGCAGGUGUUCACAGACCCCAUGUUGGUGGAAUUCAUGGUCGCAGUAAUGAUGGGGCUUAUUCUCUUGUCCUGGCUGGUGGAUUUGCAGAUGAAGUAGACCGAGGUGAUGAGUUCACAUACACUGGAAGUGGUGGUAAAAAUCUUGCUGGUAAUAAAAGAAUUGGUGCACCAUCAGCUGAUCAAACAUUAACAAAUAUGAACAGGGCAUUGGCCCUAAACUGUGAUGCUCCAUUGGAUGAUAAAAUUGGAGCAGAAUCUCGGAAUUGGAGAGCUGGUAAGCCAGUCAGAGUGAUACGCAGUUUUAAAGGGAGGAAGAUCAGCAAAUAUGCUCCUGAAGAAGGCAACAGAUAUGAUGGCAUUUAUAAGGUGGUGAAAUACUGGCCAGAGAUUUCAUCAAGUCAUGGAUUCUUGGUUUGGCGCUAUCUUUUAAGAAGAGAUGAUGUUGAACCUGCUCCUUGGACCUCAGAAGGAAUUGAACGGUCAAGGAGAUUAUGUCUGCGGCUACAGUAUCCAGCAGGUUACCCUUCAGAUAAAGAAGGGAAGAAGACUAAAGGACAGUCAAAGAAGCAGGCCACUGAAACCACAAAAAGGCCAAUUUCAGAUGAUGAGUCUCCAAGUGCCUCCAAAGUGUUCAAAGCAUCGGAUUCAGCAGAAGCAGUUGAGGCUUUCCAGCUAACUCCUCAGCAACAACACCUAAUCCGAGAAGACGGCCAAAACCACAAGUUGUGGGAUGAAGUACUUGCGUCUCUUGUGGAAGGACCAAAUUUUCUGAAAAAAUUAGAACAAUGUUUUAUGUGUGUCUGCUGCCAGGAGCUAGUUUACCAGCCUGUGACCACAGAGUGCUUCCACAACGUCUGUAAAGAUUGCUUACAGCGCUCCUUUAAGGCCCAGGUUUUCUCCUGCCCUGCUUGCCGGCAUGAUCUUGGCCCAAAUUACAUCAUGGUUCCCAAUGAGGUUCUGCAGAAUCUACUUGACCUUUUCUUCCCUGGCUACAGCAAAGGACGAUGAUCUGUGUACUUCUACCGUGUUGUUCCUGGUGGCUUUUUGAACAAUAAAGAAUCUAAAAUGGGUGUAGAGGGUGGAAGCAAUGGUGGACCAUAUCUCUCCCGUUCUAAAGCAGCUAAUCCUCUUUCCCAGGUAGCCAUCAUCUUGUGUGUAGUAAGAGGCCCAUUUCUCAACUGUCUUUUAAAUAUCAAAAGGUAGUUCCUGUCAGAAACAACUAGUUUUAAUGAAUAAAAAGUCAAAAGCCUCAGCUCUAGUUGAUAUCCAAGUUAUGAUUUAUUUUGCAACUACCUCAGGACAGAAAAGAUUUGUGGGGAUUUUAAAAAUCAUUGAAUAGUUAAAUGAAAUUUUAGCUACACACUGCCUCCCCAAUAUUAGUUGUGCCUGGUUAUUGUAAUUUGAUUUUACCGAAAAGAAGAUGACACGAGUCACUUGGACUGAAUGCCGCUUCUGUAGUAUGCAUAUUUUUUCAUGUUCUUCUUCCAUUACGGUGAGUGUUUUGCAAGGACAGGUUCAUUUUUUUAGCCUGUUUUGUGAGCCCCAUUGUGCUUUUUUCUGGUGUUUUAUGCAAGUUGACUACUAAUGACUAAUGAGAACAAUAUGAAUGCAUUGUUGCUGCAUUAGUGUCAUGUGGUGUGGUUUUGCACUUAAAAGAGGUAUCAGAUGCUCUAGUUGUGAAUGUCCAUGAAAAGCCACUUCUGUACUAGUCAAACUGUUUUUAGUGAGUCUCACCAGUGAUUUUACAUUUACAGAGUAUUGAGGGCUGUGCUGACUUUUGAGAGGAUUGAAAUUGCUUCAUAUUGUGAUCCUAAAUUUUAUAUUCACUAUAUUCCCUAAAGUAUACCUUAAUAAAUAUUUUAUGAUCAGAA